UUUUCUAUAUGCGUAAAUGUUUGCUAAACCCAAAAAUGGAACCAAAACUAGUUUCUAAAACCAAAAAACUUCACUUUGUUUUGAUCCCUCUCAUGGCUCAAGGGCAUCUGAUCCCUAUGGUCGACAUCUCCAAGAUUCUUGCGCGACAAGGCAACAUCGUUACCAUAGUUACAACCCCUCAAAAUGCUUCUAGGUUUGCGAAGACAGUUGACCGAGCAAGAUCGGAGUCGGGUCUUAAAAUGAUCAAUGUCGUUAAAUUUCCAAUUCCUUACAAAGAAUUCGGUCUUCCCAAAGAUUGUGAGACUCUCGACACUUUGCCAUCCAAAGACCUCCUACGGAAAUUCUACGACGCUGUGGAUAAAAUUCAGGAGCCCUUGGAACAGUUUCUUGAGCAACACGAUAUCCCUCCAAGUUGCAUAAUCUCCGAUAAAUGCCUUUUUUGGACGUCAAAAACCGCAAAGAGGUUCAAGAUCCCGAGGAUCGUGUUCCAUGGAAUGUGUUGCUUCUCUCUUUUGAGUUCGCACAACGUCCAUCUUCAUAGCCCGCACCUUUCGGUUUCUUCGGCCUCAGAGCCAUUCUCUAUACCAGGAAUGCCACAUAGGAUCGAGAUAGCUAGAGAUCAGUUACCGGGUGCGUUUAAGAAGUUAGCAAAUAUGGAUGACGUUCGUGAGAAGAUGCGUGAAUCUGAAUCAGAAGCCUUUGGGGUUAUUGUUAAUAGCUUCCAAGAAUUGGAGCCUGGCUAUGCAGAGGCCUACGCUGAGGCCAUCAAUAAGAAGGUAUGGUUCGUUGGACCCGUUUCUUUAUGCAACGACCGUAUGGUGGACCUAUUCGAUAGAGGAAACAACGGUAACAUCGCGAUAAGCGAGACUGAAUGCUUGCAGUUUCUCGACUCGAUGAGACCAAGGUCCGUCUUAUAUGUUUGUCUUGGUAGCCUCUGUCGACUAAUACCUAAUCAACUGAUAGAACUAGGUUUAGGGUUAGAAGAAUCGGGAAAACCCUUUAUUUGGGUGAUCAAGACCGAGGAAAAACAUAUGAAUGAGCUAGACGAAUGGCUAAAACGCGAAAAUUUUGAAGAGCGAGUUAGAGGAAGAGGGAUAAUAAUAAAGGGUUGGAGUCCUCAGGCUAUGAUACUUUCACAUGGUUCAACCAGAGGGUUCUUGACUCAUUGCGGUUGGAACUCUACAAUAGAAGCGAUAUGUUUUGGUGUACCAAUGAUCACAUGGCCGUUGUUCGCUGAACAAUUCCUCAAUGAGAAACUAAUCGUGGAGGUUUUGAAUAUCGGGGUUAGGGUUGGGGUGGAGAUUCCGGUGAGAUGGGGAGACGAGGAGAGACUUGGAGUGUUGGUCAAGAAACAGAGUGUUGUGAAAGCUAUUAAGCUUUUGAUGGAUGAAGAUUAUCAACGUGUAGACGAAGAUGAUGAUGAUAGUGAAUUCGUGAGACGAAGGAGACGUAUUCAAGAACUUGCAGGAAUGGCGAAAAAGGCUGUGGAAGAAAAGGGAUCUUCUAGUAUUAACGUUUCAAUUUUAAUCCAAGAUGUUUUAGAGCAAUUGAGUCUUGAGUAGAAAAAUCUAAUGUAGAAGGUAAUAUAACAUUUAUAAGAAU